UUUCUCGGUUCAUACAUUGAAUCAUCAUAUAUUUUUAUCAGAGUUUAAACAUACUGUAAUUCUAAUUACUCUCAGCUGCGUAAAUAAGUAAGCAUGGACGAACACGAAGUCUUAACUACAUUGAAGAUUUUGAUAAUUGGUGAGAGCGGAGUUGGAAAAUCGAGUUUGUUGCUGCGAUUUACAGAUGACACCUUUGAUCCAGAGCAGGCUGCCACAAUAGGUGUUGACUUUAAAGUGAAAACACUACAAAUAGAUGGUAACAAAGCCAAACUUGCAAUUUGGGACACAGCUGGACAAGAGCGAUUCAGAACACUGACCCCAAGUUACUACAGAGGAGCCCAGGGUGUCAUUCUAGUUUAUGAUGUGACUAGCAAAGCUUCUUUCAACAAACUAGAACAAUGGCUGAAUGAAUUAGAGACUUUCUCAACAAAACAUGAUCUCAUCAAAAUGCUUGUUGGAAACAAGAUAGACAAUGAUAGACGAGAGGUUACUAAAGAGGAGGGCCUAAAAUUUGCCAGGAAACACCAUAUGCUGUUUAUAGAAGCCAGUGCUAAAACUAAGGAGGGCGUGCAGUGUGCCUUCGAAGAACUUGUAGAAAAGAUCAUACAGACACCUGGAUUGUGGGAGACAGACAAACAAGGCAUGAGUCUUACAAGUCAAGGUCCAAAUGGAGGUCAAGGGGCAGCAUGUGGCGGAUACUGUAGUGUAAUAUGAGAGGACCAAGUGGUAUACAGACCGACCAAUCCUAACUUACGUAAAAAUAACAACAAAUGUUUGUGAUAUUAGAUAAUGAUUUAAAACUUAUAUGUAUGGAACAUGUAUAAUUUAAAGAUAACUUGAUAAGAUAAAGUAUUUAGUAGAUAAAAUGCAUGCUUCAAACAGUGAUUUUUCUUAUUAGAUCUAUUAAAUGCCUUGUCUAAAGGAACAAAAUUCUAUCUGAUAAUCUAAAGAGAGCAGAACAAUGCUAGUUGUUUUAGUUCAAAUUUUAUUUUCAUAGUUACAGUAAAUAAAAUUUCAUUCAGAAAUUUUUUCUUUCACCACUAAUUUAAUCUCCAAACAAAACUUAUUUCCUGUUGACCUUGUGAUACCUGUAUUAUAAAAUCAUAUAUUUUUGUGAAGCUUAAAUUUUGUGAUUUUCCAAAAAUACUCGUUUUUUAUUUACACUUGAUUUGGUGGUGAAAUCUUGCUCAUCAAAUCCACUAGCACUAUAGACCAUGUGAACUUGUUUGUCAUUUGUGUGUUCAUGAAUUCAAAGAAAAUAAAUCUCUCACAAAAAUCUAUGAUUUUACAGUAUGUGUAGCACUACAUGUAUCUGGAAACAUGUAAUUAUUACAGCAAUAGUGUAUUAAAAAUUUCUUGUUAAUACAAAACAUUGUAAUUAGUUUUUUUUAAAUUUUCAUGAGACAUAUUGAACAAUUGUUUGGGUGAAAUUUCAAAACGAAAAUGUCAUGAAGGUGAACUUGAUUUUGUAUACUUCCUGUUAUGAAUCAAGAAAAGUAGAUACAGUGUAUUUUAUUCAUGUCAUACUUGUACUUAAUUGUUAAUUUUCAACAUAUUCAGCUUUUACUUCAUUUUUAUUGAUUUAAUAUUAUAAUUAAUUAAAGAAAUUAUGGUGUUUUUUUAUGAUAACAGUCAUUAUUGAAAUGUCUUACAUUUUAGAAAUUUAGAAAGCAUUUAGUAAUUUACCCAGUACAUUUAAAUGCUGUGACGCUAUAGAAGAACAUAACAUUGAGAGUAUUUCAAUAUUUCCACAGCAUAGGGUAUUAUCAGGAAUAAUGCCAAUUUGUAGAGACAUUCAACUAAAUGUUGAACCCCCUGUACAUGUACUGACUUAUCUAUCUUCUAAUAAGCCCAGGAAGCCAACAUAUAACUUCUGACUAUACGAUAAGAACCAGGUUUAUUACAGGCUCAUUAUUUUAGAACCACUUGGCUGUGGAGGUCUGGUCUUUCUUAACUACAUGUACAUCAUGUAAGCUGUACCCUGAUGACGGUCUGGCUAUAUAGCUAGCAUGCUGAAACAUGUCAGUUACCAGUAUCAUAGAUAAAAGAAGGAUAUAUUGAUUGGAAACCUGGCUUCAGGAGUUUCUCCUACUCUUUUCAGUUUUAUUGAUUCAUUCUAAGAGGGAAAGUAUCUGAUUAGAGAUCCUUCUGAAAGCUAGUUAAACUAUAAAAGACCUAUGUGCUUCUUUUUUGUUUUUUGUCUAUUUUUGAAAAUGUGUUCAAGCUUUUUUGUUAAACUAUGAGAAUUUGAAACCUCAAAAAAAUUAGUCAGUGCCAGUAUUAGUUUGAAGGAAAAAUUUUGGCAGGUAAACUAUCUGAUCAUUUUUCAUGUUAGCAAAUAAUAAUACCUAUAACCUUUAAGCAUGAGUAAGUUUGCAUAAAUUUAUCAACCAGGUAUCGUACAUCAAGACCGUUGCAGAGAAAGGGAACAGUUUGCCCGUCUCAUUUAAAUGUAACUAUAUACUGAUAUGAUGUUGUUUUACUUUAUGUGGAGGAAUGAAUUUUGAUUUUACAUUUCUUAUGCAUAUUUGAUUUACAAUUAUGUUGACUUUAAAUGAAUUGUUACUAUAUACACAAGAUAUACAUGGUUUUCCAUGCAUAUGAGAUGAAAAAGAAAUGAUUCAUUUUACUUUGUAUAAGUGUCUUGAGAGUCAAAACGAAGCUGUGUCAUAGAGAGACUUCAGUUUGUAUCUAAGUGUGACCCUGAAAGGAUUUACAUUGACUUGUCAUGAUUGAGAUAAAACACUAAUAGAAAUAGACAAAUUACAUAAAUCAUUACACCCGGUAAUUUUGCAUUAGAUAAAUGGCCAGAUUCCAUAGUGACUUUGUUGUAAUGCUCGGUGCUAACUAUAAUAUAAUUCUCCUAAUGUGAUUAACAGUAUGAUUAGAUAUGGCUUGCGUUUCAGUUUUUCUUUUCAAUGGAUGAUGUGAACAGUCAUCAUUUUAUCUUUGUUGCUUGCCAUUGAUCACCUUAUAACAGAUAAAAAACAAAGACAAAAAUUUGAAAACUCAGUCAGUUGCCAGUAAAAGCUUUUUAAUAUCAGAUACAGGUAUACUUGGUACCUCUAAAAGAUUUGGAACACAAAGAUAUUUUUCAAAUUGCUUAUAAGGAUUUUUGAUGCCAUUGAGAUUAACUCUUAGAAAAUUUGGGAGACUGGAGGAUGCUGACAGUUUAUGAUAUUAGCAUAUAUUGGUGUUGGUUUAGUAUGAAGUUAAUAUUCAAGUUUGAGCGAUGGAGUCCUGAUAAACAGAAUUGAGGGUUAUGGGGUUUAUAUAUUGCCCACUUUUCAUUAUUUUCCCUUGUAAAGUGCUAAUUUAUGAUUUGAAUUAAUAUGUCAAAAGCUUUUGUUUGUAAAACUCAUGUUUGUACAUAAUAAAUAGCUGCAUUGUAUAUUUUCUCAAAUCAGACACGUCUUUCAGUGUGUAAGAGUGAGAAUGAUUUAUUGAGAGAGUAUGGCAAAGGGAGACAACUCAGUAUCCACAUUACAUUGUAUAUAUGGCAAGAUUUAUGUUAUCUAGUUAAUAAACACUAUAACUGUGUGAUGCCUAUUUACAUCAUAUAAGCUUAUACACGUAACUGUUUGUGAAUAGUUUUGUUCUUAUUUUAAAUUUUCGGGAAACUAGUUACUUGCUAUAUAUAUGAUAUAUGGCAAACUUGAUGUUUGCAUCUUUAAAGAAAAUGUUGUCUUCAUAUAUUUAGUUUGAGGUAAACAUAAAUAACUUUAUAUACAGUGUAUCUUCUUGUGUAGGGUUGACUUUAAAACUGGUUGUGUGUCUUUGUAGUCAAAGUGAUCCAAACACCAACAAAAUGAUCCUGUGUUGUGUCUAGCCUUACUUAAUCUACUUGAGCUUCCAUAGAUCAUUAAAUGGAAGUGCUUAAUUUGUGAUUAUGCAGUUAUAAUAAGAAUGUUUUGAAAUUCACUGUCUUUGUAAUGACAUGCAGGUUCCGAAUCAUAAUUCACAAUUUGAUCUUUAUACAGUGGUUCUGAUACUCAAUACUUUCUUAACAAAAAAAUCAGCAUCUGUUUUUUUGUAAAGUUAGUGAUUCAGUAUGCAUAUCUUUACUUCUAGAUGUGUUGUCCUUUACGAAACUUCUGAGUAUAAGGAAAGGAGAAAAAAAAUUUUAUUCUCAAACACUUCUUUACUUUCAUUAGAGACAUAGCACAUGUAAAUUUUUAGCAUAAUAUAUUUUGAUACUAUUUUUUCUGUUAACCUGCAAUACUUUGGUGUUUCACUACUAGACCUUGAAAUGGCUACAAAUACUAUGUGGUUAGGCUCAAUGUUUAGAUCAUUUUUUGUUUUUCAGUUAGGUUUUUUUUUCAUGCCCCUAAUUUCUUGAACUUUAUAAUUCUUUUCAAAUUUAAUUUUCAUUUACUUAUUUCCAAUUUCUAGCAAAUAUUGAACCUCACCUUUUUGGGAGGAGCAAAAACCUUCUAGCUAAGUUUUUGGUUAGACUUGAAGUUUACGUUCAUAUCCAUCAAAGUGGAUGCUGGGUGUGUUUGAACAAGAUGCUCUAGUCACCACAGCAAUUGUCUUAGCAAGUGAUCUUCUUGAGAGCUUGCAACAGAUUUUAUGCAAAACACACUGCACAAGAAAACUUUGUGUUACUGAAUAAACUUACUGGUAAACUACAUGAUAAAAGGGUCAUUCCUGAGUGGAAAGUCAAUAAAAAUAUAAAACUAAUGGGAUAAUAUUUAAUUUUCUAGAGAAGUAAAAGUUGAUAACUUUAUAUUAAUAACUCACAGUGAUCUAAUUAUAAAACGUUUGAUAUUCGGCCUGAAGUAUAGAGAUUUAUGUGGGCUAUAGACAGUAUAUAUACAUGAUGCACAUUUUGUCAUGCUGAUACAUGUAUCAACACAGAUAGGUAGUGUCUUUUAGGUAUAAAUUUGGAAAAUGAUUGAACGAAGGAAUGUCCCUUUAAAUGAACUGGAGUGAGUUUUGAUAAAGUUGAAUGUAAAUAUUAUACAACCAGUACAUAGUGAGUAAGCUAGCAGGUAUUGUUCUUAAUCAUCAAAUGUCUACUUGUUAGUGGUAGAUAGGUAGUUGUGGAUAAACCAAGGUACAUAGACAUUGUUUUGCAUGGAUGUGUUGUAAAUUAAGGAUUUUGAUUGAUACAAAAUGUUAUAUUCACUAGGUUCAGACUGUAAUGUGUGUGGACUUUGACAUUAUUUUUGAAAAAGGAAAAACAUAAAAAUGAAAAUGAUUGAAAUAAACAACAAAUGUUCAUGAAGAGGUAAAUAUUACUAAUAUAACAUGUACAAUUGGCUUAUUGUAUGUUUUGAAUUUUAUAUUAGUCAUUUGUAUAAUACUGAUGUCCUGUGUCCAACCUCAAAAUUUCUUGUCGAAAUUUAACUUGUGUUAAAGAUGAAUUGAUUGUUUGCAUUUCAUGAAAAAAAUAUAAAGAGGAUGUGUAAGUGAGACUACCAAAAAAGGAAAUUGUAGUCAACUUUUCUCUCAAUUCUAACAAACGAACAUUAAUACUUGUUUUUAAAAAUAACUGAAGAAAUUAUGACUCACAGUCUACUGACGUAGGAUGAUACUACCUGUAAAUAUCCUCUUCUAUGUGGUUUUAGUUAGGGUUUCCUUUGUAUAUCAGUGGGGGUAGAUUAUUUAUUGAAUUAUGUUGAUCAUAUUGCUGCUAUGUAUGUUAUCUUGCUGAAUGUUGAUGGAAGUAAAUGCACAAUACCAUUGUACAGUUUGUAAUAAAUCUAUCGGAAUUUGCGCCAAAUACAGAUUACCAAAUCAUAAA